AUGGCACAUGUCGAAGGCAUGGAUCGUUUAGAACAAACGAUCAAGACACACUUCUACCACAGAGGUAUUCGCGACGAAGUCCGAAAACAAAUUGAGCAGUGCGAAGCAUGUGCAAAGAACAAGCGAGCACGACGUGCUUAUGGAGAAUCUGCUCCACGUGAUGCUACGGCGAUGCCCUGGCAAGAAGUCCAUUGUGACACAAUCGGUCCGUGGACGAUUGAGUUACGACAACGGACAUUGACCUUCAAUGCUAUGACUAUGGUGGAUCCUUGCACAAACUUGUUAGAGAUUGUGCCUAUCAUGCGACGAACGUCGGAAGAAGGUGCUCGAGUGGUCGAAGAUACAUGGUUUGCUCGGUAUCCCCGACCUAAGAAAGUGGUCACGGACAAUGGUCCUGAGUUCAAACUGGAGUUCAUUGAGAUGGUUAAAAAGAAUGGUGCUGUGCAUCGCUACUCGACCCCUCGUAAUCCACAAGGUAACUCGAUGAUUGAACGAACUCAUCAGGCAAUUGGUCAAGUAUUGCGUACUAUUGUGGUUUCGCGCGAUCCCAAGAGUGUUGCUGAUGGGAUCAAGGUUAUUUCCGAAACCUUGGCGACAGCGAUGCAUGCUCAUCGUUGUUCCGUGCAGAGUACGAACGCGUAUCUCACUCCUGGUGCUCUUGCCUUCAAACGAGAUAUGUUUCUUGACAUUCCUAUUUAUGCAGACAUAUUGGCCGUGCAACGACACCGUCAAUCCUUGGUUGACAAACGUUUGCUACGGGCCAAUGCUAAACGCAUUUCCUAUGACUACGCAGUCGAUGACCUGGUCUACAAGCGUGCGUAUCUCGGUCUCAGUGAUAAGUUGAAGCCUACGGCUUCCGGUCCCUAUCGUGUUUCCCGCGUUCAUACCAACGGCAACGUAACGAUUCAACUCAGUGCUCAUCAGUUUGAGCGCCUGAACAUUCGGCGCGUGUUUCCAAAGCAUCCAGUACCUCCGGUUGCCACCGGUACGGGUUAUUGA